CAUGCAGCUGGCACGUUUAUUCAAUCAUCUUAUUAGACAUUUUUUAGUGAGUAGUAUCACUGAGUGUGUUAACGAUUUGCACCGUAUUUUGACGAGCCUGAGGGGCGAGUCAAAAUAAUGAGUAAAAAUGCUCAGUGAUUCUACGCACGAAAACUAAUAAUAUUCUAUUUACCAUCCAACUGCUUUAUCUUAAGGCAGGAAAAGCAAAGCAGAUAGCACCCACGACCGACCGGUUAAACAGGUUUUCUUUACAGUACAAAAUAACCAAAUGUACAGUAUCACGUGAUAUUUGUACUCGAUUCGGAAUUGGGUGGUAUAGUAGUAGCAGAGAUUUUUCGUCAUUCACAAUGGCUGGUGAUGUAAGGAAUAUUAUCAACUACCAAAGAUAUCCGAUUGCUGAGUCUAAGAGCCACAUUCUCCAAGAAAUUAUAAGCCGUGCUAGAGGUGAACUGAACGACAAUGGCAUUGCCUUGUUGCGGGAUUUUAUGCUUCCUUGGGCUAUUCGCCAAACAAUCAUAGACACAGAAGAAGCCUUACCAGAUGCAUUUUGUAAAGCAGUUGAUCACACGGUCUAUCUUGAGGAAUGUCAAGAUUCUGUCCUCGAGAAAGAUCACGCGAGGAAUAUAUUGUGUCGAUCUUCAAAAUGUUGCAUCGCAAACGACCAAAUCAAGACAAACUCGCCGCUAAAUCAGCUUUAUAUGUCAUCGGAGAUGACAAAUUUUGUUCGACUUUUGCUAAACAAAGACGCGCUUUAUCGUACAGCUGAUCCUUUGGGGGCCUUAAGCUUGCAGGUCUACAGGAAAAAUGAUGGCCUUGACUGGCAUUUUGACCGGGGGGAGUUCGCUGUGACACUUCUCCUUCAAGCACCAGAGGGUGGGGGACGUUUUCAAUACAUUCCAUCAACAAGAUCAGAUGGUAAUGAAAACUAUGACUUGGUCAAGCAAGUGCUACUGGCUUCUAAAGCUGGAAAAGAUCUAUCUGUUCUUGGGAUGAAAGAGGCUGACCUUCAGCCAGGAACACUCGUGAUUUUUUGUGGGCAUAACUCGAUGCAUCGCGUCACCCCUAUUGAGGGAAAAAAGUCCAGGAUCAUAACUGUUUUAUCUUACGAAAAGAGACCUGAUGUUUACUUAAAUGAAUACACUAGAAUGAAAUUCUGUGGGCGCUUGAAAUAAAUAUACCCACAGACUAAUUAGGUGGACCUGUAAAUAGAGAUUUUGGCUCUUACUUGAUGUAGAAGACACAGUAUAUGUCACACUAUUGUUUUCAUUGUUGUCUUAUUUCCAGUUGUGAUGAAAUUCUAUUGUGACGUAUACUGUGUGUUACACUAAGUAAGAGCCAAGAAUUUCUAGUCCAGUGAUCACUUUCUCCCACAUUUCUUUGGCAAUUCUUAGGUUUUUUCAACUAUUGUCCUUAUAAUGAUCCAUUUGAAAAGUGGAUUCUAUGUUGCUGUGGGAGUAUUCAGUAACAGAUCACAGAUGAUGUCAAAAUGUGGCCACAAUAAUAACUGGGACAUUUGAAGCAUUUUUUUUUUUUGUUUUCUUUCAAAAAGGAUAGCAACUCAACAAACUCUCAUUACCUUACUCCUAACCUCCUUUCCUCCCCCUCCUGCUCUGCACCUACAUUUCUUACUCACUUUUCAGGAGGUGUGGGGGGAGGCAGAAACAAGCUUUCAAUUCAUGAGUGGGGUAGGGGGGCUUUUGCACAGGUCUCCACAGGAACUAGAGUAAUUUAUUGUUACAUAAAAUUUGAUGGGAAGAAGCCAUUGAAU